CUAGCCGCCAUUUUUCUCCACCUUAACAUCGGCUAGCUGGUGAUGAGCUGCGAAGUCGCUUAAAAAUCACCGUUGGAGGAUAACAAAAAUAGAAUAUUUUAUCCGAGAAAACUGCUUCUAAAUCUCGUUUUUGGACGACACGUAGUUGUGUAUCUAACUGGAACCGUCUUCGAGGUUGAAAUCUUUGGAACUUUUUUAAAAAGGCGUUAGCAUUCAUUUAGGUGUGAAGAUAGACGUGUUGCAGGGCCGCCAUUUUUUGUUACUCAAGUCUGGGAGGUGAAAAUAGCUGGUUGGAUCUCACACACAGACACGCACUCACAGAAAGCUGCUGUGUAAAUAUUUGCAUGAACUUAAGUGGAUGCGAUGUUUAAUGUAUGAUACCGCAUCGUGAUGUAGAUGCUUUUGUGAAGAUAUUAUGGGGACCUUUUCUCUGUGGUAAGGUGGCUAACUGGCUAACGGUUUAUAUUGUUUGGUAAACUGUGUUAGCUGGCUGCUUUUAACAUUACUUCGCGGAAGAAGGAACGGAAAAGCGGAACUUGCAUGGAAGAUUCUCGAUUCGUGUCAAUUGUAUUCGAGCGAUUUUUUUUUAUUUAAAAACAUAAAGUAAGACAAUCGGCGAAACGAUUCGCUCCGGCGUAUUUCUGUGUAGAAUAAAGGGUAACGGAUAAUCUUAGCAAUGCAACAAAGUUGGGUCGUCGCAGCCUGUCUGUGAAACGUCAGGUUGCGGUUCAGCUUGAGUGAAGAAUAAAAAUAAUACGUCGGGCGGUAUUUAAUUUAUUGCAGUUUCAUAUAAUAUAUCGACCCGUUCGAGCUUAUUUAUUUGCGUGCAGACAUGUCGUCGGCGCGAUUCGAUUCAGCGGACCGAAAUAGUUGGUAUUUCGGCCCUCUGUCUCGCCAGGAGACACAGAGCCGGUUACAGGGACAGAGACACGGCAUGUUUCUAGUCCGCGACUCGUCCACUUGUCCAGGAGAUUACGUCUUGUCCGUGUCCGAAAACUCCAAAGUGUCCCACUACAUCAUUAACUCAUUACCCAGCAAGAGGUUCAAAAUAGGCGACCAGGAGUUUGAUCACCUUCCUGCUCUUUUGGAGUUCUACAAGAUCCACUACCUGGACACGACCACACUGAUAGAACCUGCUUCCAGGUUCCCCAACAUAGCUUUAACCAGUGGUCCUGUUCAGCCCAUUGGUGGACCCGGGGAUGAGAAUCUGGAGUAUGUCCGGACUCUUUAUGACUUCACUGGCAGUGACGCAGAGGAUCUUCCUUUCAAGAAGGGCGAGAUCCUGAUUAUCCUGGAGAAACCUGAGGAUCAGUGGUGGAGCGCGAAAAGCAAGGAGGGCCGUGUUGGAAUGAUUCCUGUCCCCUAUGUAGAAAAGAUAGUCAGGCCUCACACUGGGACGGCUGGCCAUGGCUCACGCAAUUCGAACAGCUAUGGCAUCCCUGAGCCUGCACAUGCCUAUGCUCAGCCUCAGACGCCAUCACCUCUGCCGCCUGGCACACCUGGCGCUGUCAUCAACCCGCUACCCUCCAUGCAGAAUGGGCCUGUCAUGGCCAGAGCUAUUCAGAAACGUGUCCCAUGUGCAUAUGACAAGACUGCUUUAGCAUUAGAGGUGGGUGACCUUGUGAAGGUGACCAGAAUGAACAUCAGCGGGCAGUGGGAAGGUGAAGUGAAUGGUCGGAGAGGCUUGUUUCCCUUCACCCAUGUGAAAAUAUUGGAUUCCCAAAACCCGGAUGAGAAUGAAUGACCAGGGUGUUACCCUCUCAGCACCUAUCUCGACCUGCUGGCUGCCCUGUUGUUGUCACCACCGGAAAUCGCACUUGCCUGCUUGAGGCUCAGCCACAGAGCGCAAUUCUCGAGUGAACCAGUUGCGUGGCUUCUGACUGUUUACAGCUCCAAACUCAAAUAGUUCCUAAUCCCUUUUUCCUGGUAUCGAUUCCCAAAUCGGUAUUUUUGUCUGCCCUUCGAUGUGCUGUUAUUUCCAUUUGUCCUUGUGCCAAGGUGAGGUUUGAGUACUCUGGCUUGUUGUCAUGCCUAGUCUUUUUUUUUUUUUUUUUCUUUUCUUUUUUUUUUUUUUUAUAUAUAGCUGUGACAGUGACCAGCCAAAACACACACAGAAAGAGAAAAAGAAAGUCUCAUUGGGGGGGAAAAAGGUUUUAAAAUGAGGGUAUUACAAUUUAAAUCUUCUCUUCUAAUUAGACUGGCCUUUACCUUGCUGUGUGGAGUGUGUGUGUGGAGUGUGUGUGUGUGUGGUGGAGGUGUGUGUGU